AUGAUAGUGCCCUUAUUUGGUCUCCUAGGUCUUCUCGCCCUGCGAAAUCGAAAUGGCAGUAACGGGGACGAGGCUGCUGAUGGGUCUACCAGCCAAGCGCUCAUCACUGAUGAUACUUAUUUUUACGGCCAGUCAGAGCCGGUUUACCCUUCUCCCGCGAUGACGGGAGUUGGAGCGUGGGCCGACGCGUAUAGAAAAGCUCGCGAUUUUGUCGGGCAGCUCACGAUCGAGGAGAAGGUAAUCCUCGCAUCAGGUCUCUCCUCCUCUACGGGCAGCUCGGGAACGUUAAACGGAUGUUCUGGCAAUAUUGACGCCAUUCCCCGUAUGAACUUCUCGGGCUUCUGUCUGAACGAUGCUGGUCAGGGUGUCAGAGCUACAGACUUUGUCAGUGGGUUCCCAAGCGGUAUCCAUGUUGCUGCUAGUUGGAACAGAGUCCUAGCUCGAGACCGUGCGGAGAGCAUGGGCCUCGAAUUCAGAGUUAAAGGGGUCAAUAUCCACCUCGGACCCGUCGUUGGUCCUGUCGGCCGAGUAGUACGGGGCGGUCGUAAUUGGGAGGGCUUUUCGCCUGACCCCUAUCUAUCAGGCAGCCUCGUAACGGAAACGGUGACCGGAAUCCAAUCGCAAGGAGUCAUCACAAGCACCAAACAUUUUAUUGGUAACGAACAAGAAACGAGCCGGCAGCCUACUGGCGACACCGACGCCGUCUCAUCUAACAUAGAUGAUAAGACCAUGCACGAGCUUUACUUAUGGCCGUUCCAAGAUGCUGUUAAGGCUGGGACCGCGAACGUCAUGUGUUCGUACAACAGGGUGAACAACUCCUACGCUUGCGCGAACAGCAAGACUCAGAAUGGCCUCCUCAAAACGGAGUUGGGAUUCCAGGGGGCCAUCACUUCGGAUUGGGAUGCUUUGCACGCUGGUGUCGCAUCAGCUAAUGCCGGCAUGGACAUGGUCAUGCCAAAUUCUGAGCGCUGGGGAGAUAAACUGACAGAGUCGGUUAGGAACGGAUCGGUAUCAGAGGAUCGCUUGACUGAUAUGGCAACGCGAAUCAUGGCUGGGUAUUAUCAGGUAGGACAGGACAAAGAUUUCCCAGAGCCGGGAAUUGGUAUGCCCGCGGAUUUAACCCAGCCGCACGACAUCAUUGACGCGAGAAACACCUCAUCUCAGAAGGUUCUAUUGGACGGCGCCAUUGAGGGCCACGUUUUAUUGAAGAAUAUCAAGAAUGCGCUUCCGUUAAAGAAGCCGAGAAUGCUCUCGGUAUACGGCUACUCGGCCAGGAGUCCUGAUCAGUGGAACUACAAAUCUCACGGUGGUGUUGCGGCGUGGACCUUCGGAGGUGAAUCAUCUUACCUUGGGCGCGACACGCAGGCCGGCUUCUCGGGCCACUACUUUGAAGACUUUUCAGACAUAGCUCUUAAUGGGACGCUGUUCUGUGGUGGUGGUUCUGGCGCCGUGACGCCUGCUUUCGUUAGCUCGCCGUAUGAUGCCCUGAAUGCUCGCGCGUUGGAGGACAGAACAGCCAUGUUUUGGGAUUUCUUCAGCCCCGAUCCAGAUGUUGCUAGCAUGUCGGACGCUUGUCUCGUCAUUGUGAACGCGUACGCGAGUGAAGGGUAUGAUCGCCCAAACCUGCGGGACGCCUUCACCGACGGCUUGAUCAGCCAUGUGGCGGAUCGAUGUAAUAAUACGAUUGUCAUCUUCCAUAAUGCCGGCGUGCGGCUGGUGGAUCAAUGGAUCGACCAUCCGAAUGUGACGGCCCUAAUAUUCGCGCACUUACCUGGCGAAGCAUCUGGUCGUGCCCUCGUUUCCUUGCUAUACGGGGAAUCGAACCCCUCAGGCAAGCUACCGUACACGGUGGCCAGGAAUGAGUCUGACUAUGAGCAUGUUGCCAAACCAGACAUACCAAUGGGCCAGUUCGAGCGGUUUCCUCAAUCGAAUUUCACCGAAGGGGUGUAUAUCGAUUACCGACACUUCGAUCAGAAGAAUAUCACACCGCGAUACGAGUUUGGGUUCGGACUGAGCUACACGACGUUCAACUACUCGAAUUUGAAAAUCGAAAAGCGCAGCGAUGCUAACACGAACGAGUACCCGACGGGAGAAAUCCGCGAGGGUGGGCAGGUAGAUCUUUGGGACGUGGUAGCAUCGGUCAGCGCGGACGUGAAGAACGUAGGUGAUGUGUACGGCGGCGAGAUUUCUCAGCUGUACGUCGGGAUCCCGAAGGCGCCCGUGCGGCAGCUACGCGGCUUCGAGAAGUCGUUCCUCAACGCGACGGAGCAAGCUACGGCCACGUUCCUGCUUACCAGGCGCGACCUCAGCGUAUGGGACGUGGUCGCGCAGAAGUGGCGUCUACAGCCGGGGGAGUACAGGAUAUGGGUCGGUAGAAGCAGUAGAGAUCUGCCGCUGAAUGGUACGUUGACGAUCUAA